GCGGAGAGGGGUGCGUCUAGGCGGCCCUGCGCUCCCUUUGAUUGGCCGGCAGGAUGACGAACGCAUUUACAGUCGGCCCUGCGGUAGUGGGAGCGUGCGUCAGCUUUGCACAAUCGGGGAAGGAGAAGGGGCGUGUCUGACCGCUCAGGGGGCCCGCCGAUUGGCUGGAUGGCGGGGGCGCCGGGUGGCCCGGGCCGCCGGAGGAGGGCGGUGCCGUGGGCCUGGUCCCGGCUUACUGGCGACCGGUUUUAGUCAGAUGAUGAUGGCAGCUCGGACCGGUCAGAGGGCCUUGAAAAAGGUGGUCUCGCGAUGCCGUCCGAAGUCGGCGGCAGCGACCGGAGCCCCGGUUCCUGUGCAGGGGCCUGCGCGGAACGUCAGAUAUUUAGCUUCCUGUGGUAUACUGAUGAGCAGAACUCUUCCACUACAUACCUCAGUUUUGCCUAAGGAGAUACAUGCAAGAACUUUCUUCAGAAUUGCUGCACCAUUAAUAAACAAAAGAAAAGAAUAUUCAGAGAGGAGAAUUAUAGGAUAUUCUAUGCAGGAAAUGUAUGAUGUAGUAUCAGGAAUGGAGGAUUACAAGCAUUUUGUUCCUUGGUGCAAAAAAUCAGAUGUAAUAUCAAGGAGAUCUGGAUACUGCAAAACACGAUUAGAAAUUGGGUUUCCACCUGUAUUGGAGCGCUAUACAUCAGUGGUAACCUUGGUGAAACCACAUUUGGUAAAGGCAUCCUGUACUGAUGGGAAGCUCUUCAAUCAUUUGGAGACUGUAUGGCGUUUUAGCCCAGGUCUUCCUGGCUACCCAAGAACUUGUACUUUGGAUUUUUCAAUUUCUUUUGAAUUUCGCUCACUUCUACACUCUCAGCUUGCCACAUUGUUUUUCGAUGAAGUUGUAAAGCAGAUGGUAGCUGCCUUUGAAAGAAGAGCAUGUAAGCUGUAUGGUCCAGAAACAAAUAUACCUCGGGAAUUAAUGCUUCAUGAAGUUCAUCACACGUAAAGAGAAAAAGGAAAUGGUCACCUACUUGUAACUAGUUUAUUCACUUUUAGGAAGUACUUUCAUCAUUUGCUUUCAGAAGUCAGAAAGCAGUUGUCAAACCAGCUUUGGUUAUAAACCCGUACCAUUGAAAAUUUGCACUUGGAAUAUGGAACCACGUGUACAUAGAAUUCAAUCAAGUGUAAUUCAGAGUAAUAUGUAUAUUAGCAUAUUUACAAUAAUGGGAUGUCAUCACUAUUGCUAGAAUACUGACAUCACUCUUCUGAACAGAAAUUGAAACUGUAAAUUUAAACCUUUUAGUUAUCACCUCACCUGAAAGAGGUUGGUUGAGAUACUCAUGCAGUGUGUAUUAUAUUAACCAUAUCACUUUUAAGUUAUUAAAUUCAGACUAUUUAUAACUUAUUGUCUUAGGGUCUGCCUCAUGGCUUAGAAUAUUUGAGUAAUCAUCAGAUGUUUAAAGUAAAAACUUUGACUUAAAAAUACUGUUAAUGAAGGUUCCGUGGCACUUUUCUUAUUUUUAAAUUGUUCUUGUGGGUAGUAGUAGAUAAUUCGCUGUUAUACUGAGGUUAGCUUCCAGAUAGUGAUUUUUCUUUUUUUUUUUUUGGUGAGUGGUCCAGAGUUUUAAGCUACUUUUCUCAUAGUUUGCAGCCCUCUCCCCGGUACUUUGACUGCUCUUUCAAAAAUGCUGUUUGCGUGUCAAAUUUUGUCUACAGCAGUGGGCAGUACAUGAGGAUAAUAAGUUGGUGUCCAAUUUUGUCUACAACAGUGGGCAGUAGAUGAAGAUAAGUUGGUUGAGAUGUCUCCAGCACCAUGCAUCCUUAUUUUCUAUUGUGUGUACUCACUUUCAGUAAUGCAUUUCAAACUGAUAUUUUUGUAAACAAAUCAAUGUAAGGAUUGAAGUGGUAACUUAAUAAAGUUAAUUUGUUUA